GAUUUGCUCACUACACGGCGUCAGUGUCGUUUCCCUGCAUUCAGCGCGAACGCCCCACGUUGGUCCUUUUCUGCCGAAGCUCGUUGUUCAAGAUGCCGUCUGUCGGUGUUAAAGACGUUGAGCAGCAGGCCUUCGUGCGGGCACUUUCCGCGUUUCUCAAAAAGUCGGGCAAGCUAAAGGUUCCGGACUGGGUGGAUGUUGUCAAAACCGGCAUCUACAAGGAACUGGCCCCUUGUGAUGAGGACUGGUUCUACACACGAUGCGCCUCAGUGGCCCGGCACCUGUACAUGCGCUCUCCGUCCGGAGUCAAGGCCAUGCGGAAGAUCUACGGGGGUCGGUAUCGCAACGGAGUGAAGCCGUCCCACUUCUGCCCUGCCUCUGCCAGUGUGGCCCGCAAGGCGCUCCAGGCCCUCGAACAGCUGAAGCUGGUAGAACAGGACCCCAGCGGGGGCCGCAAGCUUACCAGCCAAGGCAGGAAGGACUUGGACCGGAUUGCUGCUCAGAUCAAGAUCAAGGCUUCUGCUGCACCCGUGGUUGCGAAAUAGACAAUGUGCGCUGAGGAAUAAAAAGUUUUCCAACUCUUGC